AUACCUAUAUACGAUGCCUGCGACUGCACUGCUCCGCUUUGCACGCUCUGGAUAGCGUGAAUCCGAAAGAUACAACUUGCAUGUAGUAUAAAAUUGAUUUGCUACACUUGAUGGCGAUCAGUUUGAUUAGAAGAGUUCGACGCGAAACUUGCAGGCCAGGAUAACCAGAGAUACAUGAUGGAUACAAGACUGAGGCAACUGAUCGUGGUGAUUCUAAUCGGAUGUGUGCUGGCUGGCAGCCGAGAGGAUACAGCGACAACGACCACCGCUGCCACAACGGCCGAAUCCACCGGACGAGGAUCGUCCCUCUUGGACAAUGGAAUAUCCAGGGCGAUCAAGCACGUCUACGAUCUGUGCGAGAGUAGUGACGACAUAUUUCGGUGUUUGAAGGUUCAAGGCGCUAAGCUCUUUGGCCGAGCCUUGAAGGUGCACAAUAUCAAACUUCUCGAGGGAAUAACCAUAGUAAGGAAGCCGGACUACAACGAGAGUGAAGCCAGAUCCCGCGGUGAUCUUCAUCUUAGCAACAGUGAUCUCGAACAGAUGUCCUCGAAGAGUUUGGAUAAAAUCUUAUUCGCGCGGGUGAUAGGCCUGCUCCAGAGCCGGCAAGUGCAAGUGAACAUCCCGAGGCUGCUCUCCUUCGGCCAAAGGACCAGCCAGGUCCUCUUUAGCGAUGACGCUCGAAAGAAGAAGGAUGACAAGAAGUACCUGGGGCCGUUUAUUGCUGCAGUACUUCUUAAAGCUGGAAUACUGAAGAUGGCGUACCACUCGAUUGCCAUCUUGGCGGGAAAGGCGCUCAUAGUGGGAAAGAUUGCUCUAAUCAUUAGUGCUAUCAUUGGAUUAAAGAAACUGGUCUCGGGCGAAGGUCACGAAAAGACCACCUACGAGAUCGUCAAGCACCCACAAGUCCAACAAAGUCACACCUACUCUUCCAGCCAUGGUGAAUACGAAGGCGGUCACGAAGGUGGCUCCUAUCAUAGAAGCAUAGAUGAUGAAAUGAUUAUGCAGGAUAAGGCUUAUCGGGCUCAUGUCCCAACGAGGAAUUAACAAAAAAUCACAGAAGUAAAUAACACAGAACCAAAGAUUUAUCAAUAGUUUUUUUUAUUUUGUUUAAUUGUUUUAAAUAAUUUAUUAAAUUUACACCUAAAA